ACGUGCAACAUGGGCAAACGACCGCGAUCAGGAGUCGCUGCGGACUUGCGUACUGCGCAUGCUUCAGCUAGGGGAACGAAAAUGGCAGCUCACCUGUUAGCGCUUACGGCUGACGGUGGUGUGCCGUUGUUUACCAGAAGUAUUGGAGACUUAAAAACAUUGCCAUUUACACAAAUCGGAACAUUGAAUGCCAUUCACUUGUAUUCAAGACUACGUGGAGGAGAACUUCAAACUGCAGUCACCAUAGGGUCUAAAAUUUUAUGGCGGGUAUUCCAUAAUAGUAUUAUUUUAAUUAUUGCCACAAGUGAAGAUGCUACAAGUGACAGUCAUCUUUUUCACUUACUGGACAAUAUCUUUGCUGCUAUGGUGAUGAUGGUUGGGAUGGACAGUUUACAGAACAUUCGCAAUGUAGAUCACUUAAAGCGAGAACUGAGGAUAUGCUUCUUUCUUGUUGACCACCUUCUUCAACAGCUUGACCAAGACAUGGCAACUGUUAGCGACCUCACAGGAACAGUAGACUGCUUACUGUGUACUGAAAGUCCCACACUACAGAACUACCUCACUACAUUUGUGAAUCUAGCCAACACUGCUUAUGGCUGCUUAAUGGUGAGAGGAAAGGUUGCUGUGGCAACAAAAAAAUGGUGGUCUCUGACAGGUCAAGAGAUGGCACUACUCUCUGCAUUUGUGAAUACUUAUCCAAAGACAACCUCUAGAGAAGUCUCCAUUUACCUCCCAAACAGUUGUCCAAUGGUAUGUAACAGGCUUGUUACUUUGCAACUAACUCAAGGAGUAGAAGUCUGUGUGCUAUGUGGACCAGUGCCUUCUUUAAAUCAGCUUGAAGAAGAUCAUAAUCAUGAGGCAAGAGCUACAGAAGUCUACAUCUGGCUCUGGUACUUCCGCUCAGGUGGAGCAGCCUACAAUAGUAGCGUACUGUACAGAAUUAACUAA